AUGACUAAUAAUAAAAGUGCUGAGUCCGAGUUGACGGACCACAUGUGUGGGUUGGGUUCGUGGAGACCGAAGUGGUCACAAAUAUUUGCCUCAACCAAAGUGUUUAUGAUAAUAUUGUGCGGUCUGGCCGUAUCACAGGGCGCGGCCUUUGCAUAUAUGAUCGCUAGUAUUACCACUUUGGAAAAGAGAUACGCUUUUGGCAGUACUAUAACAGGGAUUAUUCUCAUCGCCGAUAAUUUGGCGGAUCUGGUAUUUAGUCCAAUAUUUGGAUAUCUGGCCAAUCGUGUCCAUAGGCCACGAAUGAUAGCCAUUUGUCACGUUAUUGUGGCAUUUGGUUGUUAUUUAGCGGCUCUGCCAUACUUUAUAUACGGACCGGGAGUUCAUCUGUUGAGCGGUAGUAAUAAGGAAAUAGUCGGACGUCUUAUGAAAUAUAAUAAAAGCACAGAAUUUUGCGAUCAAAACAAUUUCGAUAAUAAUAUGUGCGGAGAAAGCGGUGGAUCUGAGACUGCAAUUCUGGCGGUUAUACUGUUAUGUAUAGCGAGUGUUUUCUAUGGCAUCGGUUACGUUGCCUUUUAUAUCAUUGCCAUACCAUUUAUGGACGACUCGGUUCGCAAGAAGAACUCUCCCCUGUAUUUAAGUGUAAUCCCGACGGCAACGGGUAUAUUCCUGGGCGGAGUUUUUAUCCGUAAAUUUCUUCCCGGACCCCGACUUCUCACUUCUCUCGUAACAAUUGUUGAAGUUUUUGCAAUAAUGGGUAUGUUAUCCGCCCUUUUCCUCGGCUGUCCUCAAUCACAGUUUGCCGGCACUCAUCACAACUCACGAAUGGUAGAUAAAGAGGACAAGAGUUUUGCUAUCGGUUUAAUGACCGCUUUUAUGACUUGCUUUGCAUUCAUACCAUACCCUCUGGUAUACGGAGCCGUAGCCGACGCCUCGUGUCUGAUAUGGGAGUCGAAGUGUGGCCACAGAGGGAACUGUUGGGCUUACGAUACAUACAAAUUUAGGCGUAAUCUUCACGGACUAACUCUUGGCAUGUAUUUCAUUGGAAGUGUCUUCGAUGUGAUCGUUAUAUUCCUGUCGAAGAGAAUCAAAAAUCUAUACAACGAUGAGAUCGAAGACCAGGGAUUGGAAACACAAGACAAUCACAUGAAACUCAAAACCGAUGUUAAUAAACAAUUGGCUAAUAGUUAUGAUUGAUAUUGUAAU